AUGCAUGAGCGCAUAAGUAAGGGUGUUUUUUCACUCUUGUCUGGCACAGGACUGUCAAAAUGCAGCCGUGUGUCAUGUCGAUCAUAUCCCGGUCGAUCCGGUGCCCUCCGCCUGAAGAGUCCAAUGCCAGGGAUACCGCGACGAGGAAUCAUAACAGGGCCUAACAAAUCACUUCAUGUCAUGUCAGAGACAGAGAUGAGCCAAGAAGCGUCUUUCAAUCAAAAAGUGUUCGACUUGUCGCUUGCCUUAUCGCGAAGUCGCAUGAAUGACGCCACCGAGCUGCGAUGCAUGCUUUUGAACGUCGAUGGCUCUGUCAAGUACUCUGACAUGAAAGGAACCAAAGCCGCCGUAGCUAAACGGUACGGCCUCGACGGGCGCGAUUUGAGGAACGUUGAUCUUGUAUCAGAAGGCAUUCCACAUAUAUUGGUUCGACCAUCUACUAUCUUCAUCAGCAUGUUCAAUUUGCGGCUGCUCGUACGGUCAGACGAGGUACUUGUCUUUGUCUUACCGAUCGAGGAUACCGAUAUCAAGAUCCAAGACGUAUUUUUGAAAGAUGUACAGCAUAGGCUUCAGCCUACGUCUAGCACAGGAGUUUUGAUCCAAUUACCAUUCGAGCUACGCGUUGUGGAUGCCGCGCUUGCCUCUGUGAUUGCCGUCCUCGAAGCCGAACAUGUUCUCAUCAGAAGGGAGGUGGAAGAAAGCCUCCGCGACUCGACACGCGAGGAUAUCGUGCAUUCAGUCCUGCGCGGUCUGCAAUAUCACAGCAAACGAUUGGUGGCUAUUGAGCAGCGCGCCCGGCAGGUCCGAUCAGCACUGCAAGAGCUCCUUGGGAACGAUCAAGAUAUGGCCACGAUGUACCUGUCAGACAGCGAGGCAGGCCAGCCGCAUGCAAUCGAAGAUCAUCAAGAGGUGGAAUAUCUUGCCGAGGCAUACUAUAAAAACACCGAUGCCAUUGCCGAGUCCGCCAAUGCAUUGUUAGGGGAUGUCAACCGUACCACUGACACCAUCCAAUCCAUCCUAGAUGUACGGCGGAAUCAGAUCAUGAUCUUCGAAGCUCAGCUGGAGAUCUGUAUGCUUGGGUUCGCGGUGUCGACUUUCGUGGCUGGCCUGUUUGGUAUGAAUGUCGUGAACGACUUUGAGGAAAGCGCCUUGGCGUUUGGAGUUCUCACCGGCGCCUGUGUGAUAGGCACAGCCCUUAUUGCGCGAUAUGGAAUGUGGAAACUGAAUAAGUUCCGCAAGUUGCGAUUUUGA